AAGUACUGUCGAACAACGAGAUGCAGGAUCUGUACUUUUUCAGCGCCGCACUGUCGGCGAUUGUUAUUUUACUUGUCGCAUUUAUCGUGGUCGUGUUUAACAGCGUCGCGUGGGUGUUGAUUGUGGCUGGUGUUUACGUGACCGCCAGUUUUUACGCCGUUCAGCUGGCGCGAUGCGUUGACAGUUUACUGACGAGAUUCAAUAUCGUAAACGACAAGUUUAUCACGAGAUACGACAUCAAGGAUUCGUGCAGCGUCUGCAGCAAGAACACCUGCAGGAGGCACAAGCUGUUGCCGCAUUCAACCAAGGUCAAGGUGCCGAAGGACUUUGAUCAUGCAUUGGAGCAGCUUCUGGAGGAGGUGCUCCAAAUCUACGUGCGCACAUGGUACUCGGAUAUUUCGGCGAACGAGGCUUUCAUACAGCAACUACGUUUAGCUAUAACGACAGUGGCGAAGAACGUCACCGUUCGACUGUUACGCGCGGACACGGCGACCCUCGCCUUCGACGGCCUGAUUCCCCUGGCCAUACAACACGCUCAAGAUUGGAAUGCGUUGCUCAAAAUGUCCAAGUCUGAUGUUAAGAUGCCCCAGGAUUACAUCGGGAGCUGUUUGAGCUCUAAAAUUCAUCCGGCUGCCUAUUCGAGAGAGGCCGAGCUGAAUUAUUUGCGAGGACUGGUCACCACGCUGCUGCCGCACUUGUUACCUGCCAUACACGUCUCAACUAACAAUAAAGUGAUACUUCGCGAAAUUUUGGCAAAUUGGGUGCUACUGCCCGCGAUUGAUGCGCUGACGGACCCAGAAAAUAUAAAUAUGCUGGUGACGUUGGCCACACAUCGUGAGACUACUCUGUCUAAUGCUGCGGAGGCUGUUACCGUGCCGAUACUGCAAUCCUGGAUGACACUUCCAGCAAUGCAUUCGCAUAUCACGCACAGCUGUUUCAAACCGUCGUUAAAUGAAAUUCUGAGCGACCCUGAACUAUUGUACAUGUUUAUGCAGCACAUCAAAGAAUCAGGGCCCAUGAAUCUUCUUCAAUUUUGUUUAGAUAUUGACGAUCUCAGUAAACGUAUGUUAAAUCCAGAAAUGUCGACUAGUGCUGAAAGAAGCUUGUACGUAGAUGUUCGGAAUAUGUACACGGUAUACCUUGAUCCUGACGGUCCAGAAUACUUGUACUUACCGUUGCAUAUAUCGAAAGGCAUACGACAAAUACUAGAAGGUGGGCCGGAAAAAAUUCAAGAACUACGGACAUCACGGCCCUUUUAUCAAGCUCAUCAAGAAGCGCAUGCACUCCUAGAAAGUACUUGUCUACCAUCAUUCCAUCAUAGUUACCAAUUAUAUAAACUCUUGUGCGGUCACUUGUCCGAACAAACGAAAGCUACUGCAGCGGCUAAUAGUGCAAGUGGAGGUGCAUCUCCUCCUGUGCGAUUCAACAAUCAAGUGGGCAAGGUCGACGGGGUUUUACGCACGACUACGAUCGACGGUAUGCCGUUUCAGCUGCAGGACGUCUACCCGGUCGAAGAGGUAGAUUGCACGGCUCGGGCGUAUAACGAGAUCAAAGGGUUCGGCGAUAAGAGUCAUCGCGACUUGACAACGUGGCGAGUCGCCGUCCCGCACGUGGACGGCGGUGGCGCGCAACCUGUGUACAUGAUCGCCAUUCAUAGCGUGGCGGAGGCGAAGUCGUGGACGGUCCUGCGGCAAGAUCAAGAUUUCUACACGCUGCGGACGCGACUCACCGAGUUCCACGGCGACAGAGAGCUGAACGACUCGCCGUUGCCGUCGCGCAAAAAUCCGUACCUGCCGCUCGCGGCUAACCGUCAACGUUACGAGGAGUUUCUGCAGAAGUUGCUGUCCAAACCGAUGCUGAGAAGCAGCGAGCUCCUUUACACCUUCCUCACGACGCCGAACUUGAAGCCGUACUUCGCGAACUACAGCACGCCCGACAUUGGCAUCCUCUACCAGAGCAUGGCGUAUAAAUUGCGAAAGGAGAAGGGACAGCAUCUCGACAAGUUCAUGAACACUUUCCUAGCGUCUACGAACACCAAGUACGAACACAUGGAUAUGGGCGUCGAGCCUUCGAGCGAGCACCUCGGCGAGACGGAGAGCAAAGGUAGAAAGCUGAUAGACGAGGUGUUCGGCAAUAAUCUGAAUCUGCCGGUUACUUUCCAAAAUUUGCCGUGCAAUCUGCCGCAGCGUGAUCACGUGAAAGGUGCAAGUCUAUGCAUAACAGAAGCUCUCGACAGUCUACUAAAUGUACGUCCGAUCAUUUCGCGACUUUUCUGGAUGUUCGCCUUUUUAUCGCGUAAAAGGAUAGAUCCUAUUGUGAACGAAGUCUUCUACAACACUCUAAUUAAGCUUCUGAGUGGUGGCCGCGCUUCCAUCGUCGUCAAGCUUCUACACGCGAAAAUAGUUGGUAAGACUUACAUGAAAGACUUCCCCUCGCAAGGAAAAUACCGAAAUUACUAUGAAACGGCGAAGGAGGGAUUGCAUUCCUUGUGGUGGUUAAUGGGAUUCUCCAAGUCUUGGAAGAAUCUGAUGGAUUCUCUUUUAGAUCCUUUACAAAACGCGCCGUUCAAUAAGCAUCUAGCAUAUCUUCUACUAGAUCACCUCCUAGUAAAUCUUUUUCCCGAAGUGACUGCAUAAUAAUAAAAUCGUUCUUUAGACUAAGAAAAUGAUUAAUUGUAUAUAAUUGAUAUUUAAUUCUU